AUGAAAAACAAGGAUAAGUCCAGUAAGCCGUCGUCAGCUGGUCGUGUGGCCGGCAAAGGCUUGUCCAUGAAAUGGUCGUCAUACUAUAACGCUGGUGGGCGAAAGGAGAGAAAUACCAACUUGGUAAGCCAGUCGCGCGACGUUGAAGAACUCAAGGCAAAAGUGGCGCGGAUUCCGGAGAUGGUCCGAGAGCUAGUGCAACACCAAGUGGGAGGGGUGAUCACCGCCAUUGUGCCUACCUUGAUUGAGGGGCUGCAGGCGUGGAUUGCGGGCGGCCAACAGGGGCUGCCCCAGAUUCCCAGCUUCACGGCCAGCAACUCGCACAACGCGCAGGCGACGCCAUUGGUGUCUCCGGCGCAGGCGCCAUUGGUUCCGGACGACGACGAUGACGACGAUGGUACAUUUACCAAGGUCGAUAAGUACUUUGCCGAACAUGGGUACGGUGAGGAAUUCUUGGGGCCUCCUUCUCAAGAACCCAACCCUGUAAAAGACGACCGCGUUCUAGCUGGUACCACGGAGAAACCCAAUUGCAACAGGCCUUGUCUGGCGUUUAGUUUUGAGGAGACGCCUCCAGCUGCCGCCUUCACCGAGCCUCAUAUAGACGAGCCGGCACUGAGUACGAUCCGUGCUCUGGACGGGCCACCUUCACCUAAGGAUAUCUCGAGGAGGGUGCAUGUGGCGGGUAGGCCGAUGCUACCGACUAAUCUACUCAAUGCUGCAACCGGUGCUAUGCGGAGUCUGCAUGACAGUGUUCUUUGUUUGGAGAAGCGGCGUCUCUCCGAGAAUAAUGUGGCAUACCCGGUUUUCGUGGCCAAGGUGCCAGAGGGCAAGGGCUUUGUCGAUAGCGCCAUCGGGGGUAUGAUCGUCCUGCGGUUUGCUGACAUCUUCGCUAUGUUUAACCUUCAUCCGCUGCAAUACACCUUCGUUCGGCUAUUUUCGCUGAGUAUGGAGAUGCGGAUCAUUAGAGACAAGACCCCGGACCUAGUGAUAGUCGACCCCUUCUAUAUGCGUGCCAAGAUCAUUGGCAGCGCUAGGGACCGGCAAGUCGCGAGUUCUUACCUCGAAGGCGUCAUUCUGGGAAACUCAGAAAAGGAUAACUUCCUCGUGCCUUACUUUUCCUGUGACACACGUUGCACACUCAUCCUCUUAAGCCUGAAAUAUUCCACGGCCACGUAUUUCAACUCGGACCGUCAGUCAAAAAAAGACUACACAAAUAUCAAGAAAGUUCUUGAUGAAGCUCUUCCCGGCUACGCCAUAUCUGGAGGC